CUGUUAAACAAGUCGACCCUUUAGAGUUGGGAACAAGAGUAUUCUCCUCUUACGUCCACUUCUAAAAAGCCUCAUUCUUUCGAUCUAUUUCUUUCAGAAAGCGCCUUGGAUCGACGAGAAGAUCCAGGAUGCGAGUCUAACAGUGAGAUCUCUCAGUGUUUUUUCAGUGUUUUUUUGGUGAUAGUAAUUUACCCAAGGAUAUUGGUAAUGAAAGAUUUGAUUUUCUUUUGUUAGAAGGCUCUAAAUGAUGAUACCAUAGUGUUUUGUUUAUCUCACACGCUUUCCGUGAAUGGCAUGUGUUGAAUCCUAUGUAAUUUAUGAGACUGCAAUUUCUUUCGGUGAAUUUCUACAUUACUAAAAGGUUCUCAGAUCAAUGCCAUGAGACACACAAGAGAGCCAUGGUUUUUAUUAAAAAAAUGUAUGAGGUAGUAAAUCAAGGACAUGAACAAAUGGGACAAUGUUUUCAGAUAAACACUUGGUUAAUAAUUAAUUCGUCGAAACCAAUGAAGGCAUCUUUGAACUUUUGCAAAUGAGUGGAGAAUUACUAUGGAACCCGCUCCAAAUUGACGUUUCAGUCCGAGUCCCUUAAAUUAGGUCCGGACUUUAAAAACUUGGUAACCGUUGGGGCAAUCAUGAGAUUUUAUUUAUUCUCUUUCCAUAUCCAUUCGUUUUUUAUUAAAUAUUUAUUUCUAGUCACUUUGUUGUCCAACUAAUUAAUAAUAGUAAUGUAUUUGUAAAAACGUCAUUUAAAUAUAUAACCAUAUAACAAUCUGCCUAAACGCUACACCAAAUCAGAUUGUUUAGCAGUCAUAAAUAAUACUCCCUCCGUCCCAUAUUUAACUUCGGUUUUGACCGGGCAUGGGUUUUAAGAUAGUGGGAUUUGUGUGGUGGAGAGUUAUGCAGAGGAGAGAAAAAUGUGUAAGAAUGGUUGUGAACCACAUAUUCUUUACCAAAAAGGGAAAAAGGAGAUAAAUUUGGGACGGACCGAAAAGGAAAGAAUGAAGAUAAUUCCGGGACGGAGGGAGUAAUAAAGAUGGUUUCUACAAUCAAAUUGUUCAAGUUUUUACUUUUGAUAGUUUAAUAAACAUAGUAUUAACCGUGUCUUAUGAUAGUUUAUUAUAUAACAGUUAUAUAUGACAGUUUAUUAUUAUUAACAAUUUAUUAUAUACUACGUAACAAUUUAUAAAGCAAUUACUAUUAAUUGUUUGAAAAUCACUAUUAACAGUUUAUUUGUAACAAAUUAAUAAAAGUUACUAUUAACUGUGUAUUAGUUUAUAGUUUAGUAUAUACGGAGUACGUAGUAACAGUUAUAUAUGACAAUUUAUUAUUAUUAAAAAUUGAUUAAAAACAAUUGCUAUUAAUUGUGUAUAAAUUACUAUUAACAGUUUAUUAUAUAGCAAUUUAUUAAAAAUUCACUCUUAAGAAUGGGGAUGAUAACAAUGAUGAAUUCUAGGCCCAUAAGUUCACUACUUUGCUUGCGAGUUUGCUACUUUGCUUUUUAAUUACUAUAUAAAUAUAAAUUGGCGUUUAAUGUGUUUCUUUCUACUGUUUGAAUAUAUCUUUUGUUUCUCUUGUGACUGGUUUUGAUGUUUAUUAAGCUUGUUAAUGGCUUAAGGUAUUUUUGUGAUGUUAUUUCUUUUUUGGAAAGAUGGCUUUUUGUGGAAGUAUUAUAAAUAUAGUUUACUAUAGUUAUACACUUAUAUGGUUAUGUUCUGUGAGGCGCGCGCCUUCGCCUCACGCCUUGGUUAAUUUGACCCAAAACGCCUCAUGCCGUCUCGUGCCUUUUAAAACUAAGCCUGACGCCCAUUAAUCCCAUUCCUCAUUUUAGGCUGCAAAUUAUUUUAUUUCUCCAUUCGUUAGAGCAAAAGUGAUCUUUGUAGAAACCUUGUAUGAUAUAUUUGGUGUGUGACCUUGUAUCACAACUCACAACUUUGUUAUUUUUUUAUUGAAAAGCAGAAAUUACUUUUAACUAGCAAAUUUGAUUUUCCUUGGUAUUUUCCAUGGUAAAAGUGUAAAAGAGCUAGUAUUAUUCUCCUUUCCUUACCAUUUUCUGCAUUCCAAGCAUAGCCUUUGUGUUUCUGUAUGAUUAUCAUUUUUUAUUCCCUCAACUGUGUAUGUCUUAUGAAACUUGUCUAGGUCUCAUAUUCAUCCAGCCAUGCACCGUCAUUGGUAAUGAGAUGAUCAUAAAGAUUAUUACUUUCUUUAAAUAUUCUGAGCCUGGAAAGCACUAGAAUGUGUGCUCACUGAAUUUCAAGAGUAUGAAUUGGCCAUCUCAGGGUUGCAGAAUUUCUUGUUUGCUGAGUUUUUCUUGUUUUUGAGCUUGAAUAUAUAUAGGUGAUAAAAGAGCAGAACUUUACUGCAACCAUGGAAAAUGGUUUUCUGGAGAAGCCUUUUGAUAAUCAGGAAGAGUCUGUGAGCCAAGAUGAACUUAUGAUCCGUCGCCUUAAAAACCGUGAACGACAACGCAGGUAUAGAGCUAGGAAACGUCUCCAAACUGAUAUUGACAAGACUCCUGAGAGUGACUCAAGCCAAUAUACUCCACAACGUACACUACCAAUCCCUGUCACACCUCAAGAAUUUGCAGCGGCAUUAGACACUAAGGAAUUUCCCUUCCAAAUGAAACGGAAAGACGUUAAAGACUUACCAGCUGACCACUGUUCUUCCACAGUCCUACUUGAAGUGCCAGUACAGGUUGUCACUCCAGAUUACCGGACACCUAACAAUGCCAUUUCCUGGGAAUGCCCAAGACUUAUAAAUGCCAUGUGUCAGGAACCUGCGACCCGUACCUACUGUGCACGAGACUGGAAAAAAGAUGCACGGAAAUCCCAAGAGCUAAAGCAGCAAGAUGUUAGACAUGAUGCUGCCACGAACAUGCUCAAAGCACACAAGAAUGAACCGGACGAGGUGCCAAGUGACAGGAGUGCCCUCGAUAUCUCCUCCACACCGGCUAACUGUGAAUCACUCAAGUUCACAAGCAGCAGAAGACAUUGGAAAGCAGAAGCUAGAAAUAAAAAAGGCUGAAGUGUUUUUUCAUGAGUUGGUCACUUCUGGGUUGCUGUAUUUCGGAGGGUCUAUUUAUGGACAAGUGUGGGGUUUUUUAGCUUCCCAAAAAUGGCUGAAGUGUUUUUUCAUGAGUUGGUUACAUCUGGGUUGCUGUAUUUCGGAGGGUCUAUUUAUGGACAAGUGUGGGGUUUUUUAGCUUCCCAAAAAAUGUGUGUACUAAAACUCAUAUCAGCUCAAAAACGUGAUGGCUUAAUUGCCAAGGAAUAGAACCAAUGUAUAUGGAAUUGUGGUUGAGUUGGUCUUUUAUUCCCAGAAGUUGGUUUAGGGCUGAACAUAGGGCAAUAUAUGUCUUUCAAUGUUUUCUCUUUCGAACCAAGAUAUAUUAGUUUCCUUCAAGUUCUAAAUCCCAAGCCAAUAACCAGUGGCGGGUCUAGACCAGAUGUCGUAUUGUAUUGUAUAAAAUUUAGUAUGGGCUAUGGUGUGGUACAGCAUUUAAAAUUUUGGUUAAGUUGUCCUUCCGUAUGGAACAUGGAGUUUCAUUGGUUCUAUUCCUUAGCAAUGGAAGAGGAUAAGGAGAAGGAGAAGAAGAAGCAGGAGGUAGAGGGUUUUUUGGGAUGAUUCUAUUCUAAAAAUUUGUGAAGCUGAUUGGAAUAAUUAGUUUGUUCACUUGAAAAUCAAUUCUGACUCUUUUUCGGGAUACUUUAGUGCUCUUUAUGGAAGCAACAAUUAUAUUCAGAGAAGGGAGUUAUGGAAGACCCCUUUCAAUUUUUUCGGGACAAUUAAAGAGCCUUGGAUGGUGCGGGGAGAUUUUAAUACUAUUGCUUCUCAUAUUGAACACCAUGGUAAGUCUCUACCUCAUCUUAGAAAUAAGAUGGAAUUUUCAAAUUGCCUUGCAGCUUGCCAGCUCAUUAACCUUCCAUAUCACGGGCCUAAAUAUACUUGGACUGGUAUCAGACAUAAUGGUAGACUUUGGAGUAAGUUUGACAAAGUUUUAUUUAAUGAUAUAUUCAUUGAUUCCUUUGAUCAUAUUCAGAUUAGUCAUAUGAAUAAAACUCCUUCUGAUCAUAGUCCUGUGCUUUUGGAAUGAUAUAACAAGCAACUUUCGGGGUCUAAAGCUUUCAAAUUUCAAAACAUGUGGUUUUCACAUCUUUCCUUUCUGGAAGUUGUUGAGAAAAUCAGAAUUCCCAUUCCUUUGAGGGGUCUGGUUUCUAAAUUACAAUGCCUGGAUAAGAGAUUAAAAAUGAAAUAAGGAGGUUUUUGGGGACAUCUUUGAGGGCAUUAAACUCUGUGAAAAAGAUAGUUUGGAAGCCGAAAUUCUACUGGAGAAUGACCCAUCUGAUUUUACCAGAGAAUACUGGUAAGUGUGAAAAAGAUAGUUUGGAAGCCAUCCUUUUUUAAGUAAGGGUGCUAACUUACGUAUUACAUAAGUGCAAAUCAAUAAAUGGGCCCCUAACACAGUUGGCCUAGUAUAAGUUACGAAUAAACAUCUACACAAAUACAAAGAUAUUUAGCAAGAUUGGACACCAUAAAAUGCUCUAACACCUAUAACACAAGAGGUAAUUGUAUUAGUGGAAGUCCAUGGGCCGGGACAAACAGUUCUCACUAAAGCGGAUAAGGGAAAGGCAUUUGAGCUGGGGGCAGGAGCCAUAAUGGUUCAAGACGAUCAUCAAGCUGGCGCAUGAUAUGCACGUGAGGAUGAUUCCAUGCAUGACAUGAAGACUUUACCAUCUGGAGAGUUGGAAGCCUCACAUGAGGUGUAGCACAUUCAGACAAUGAUAGGGACAUUGAGUUCUGCUGCAGAGGUUAAUAGGUUGUGUUCCUUUGAUGACAUAUUACAAACGCAGAUUAAUGAAGGUGAUGUUUUGGAGGUGAAUCCAUUCCAGUCCAUUGAAGGCUGGAAAAUGAUACUAGAGAAAGUUAAACUUAAAUUUAAGGAGCAUCAUGAAGGAGAGGCACCGGAAGAUAGUUUGAUUUAAGAAUAACACACCAAGUGUUGUUACCAGAUUGGUGGCAAAGAAAGGCUCUAACAGGCUUCUUAAAUUUAAGGAGCAUCAAUGAAUAUCCUCACGUGGAAUAUGCGUGGUCUUUCCUCUUCCUGCCGGAGGCUUCACAACUUACUAAGGCACAAUCAAGUUGGUUUUGUUAGCUAUUUUUGAACCUAUCAUAUGGUUUAAUUGCCAUAUAAGAAUGGAUAAUGUUUUCAUGUCUUCUUCAGUUAAGAUUUGGUUGUUUUGGGACUCCUCGGUUUUCUCUGUAUCCAACAUUACGGAGGGAUCUUAAAACCCUCAUUUUUAAUGUAAAUACCUUUCUUUUGAUUUGGACUUUCAAUUUACUGUGGUAAACAGGAAAUAUAUGAGAAGGGAAAGGGCGGAACUUUGGGAUUUUUUUGAGGCAAUUCCUUGCUAUAAACACUGCUCCUUGAUUGGUAGGAGGAGAUUUUAACGUUAUCUCUUCACUACUUGAUCAUAAAGGGAACUCCAUUCCAUGUAUCGAAAGUAUGGAAGACUUUGCAGACUGUAUUCAGGAUUGCAGCCUCUUGCAACCAAGCUUUCUAGGUGCUUCUUAUGCCUAGCAUGAGAUUUAGUGAAAUGGCAUAUUUGGAAGUGUCUCGAUAAGUAUCUGUAUAAUGAUGGUUUUGGACUUUUG